GUCGGUGACUAACUGAAGCAUAAGACACAUGCUUAUUUCCCCAAAAGCUAGCGUUUUAUCUCUGCUAGCGUAGUCCACGGAUGGUUUGAAAACACGUACGAAACUAAAGUUCUAUCGUAUGGUAUACGUUGGUGUUAUUACUGAACGUUUCGUGUGACAAGCGGCACGCAUUGCGCAACUCAAAGCAAAAAUCAACAGUGAUAACUGGAUGGUGUGAUAAUCGGUGGUGAUUGUAUGGAAAUUGUGAAAGUACACGUAAAUAAUAAAAGUUGAAAGGAAAUCAUCAAAUAUUAAUAUCAUAAUAUAAAAAAAUAUGAAGAAACGAAUGGGUGGUUCGGACGGCAACAGUUCGGCCGAUGAAAGUGGCGCUGAAUCUCAAAGUGCAGCCAACAGCAAUGAUGCCUACGAAAAAUCAUCGAAACCACGUAAUUCGACGUCCAUUUCAAAAGAUAAAGAACUGGACGAAUACGCUGAGACGUUUGUAAUUGUAAAUGAACGGCCGGUGGACGAUAUUUCGCUUGAUUUCUUUUAUAAACCGCAUACAAUAACUCUAUUUGCAAUAUCUGUACUAUGUAUGAUGUUCUUGGCCUAUGUCAGAAAUGAAACAAAUAUUGAGGAUAACAUUUGGGCUGGUAUCUUGUGUGCGGUGUUUUUCUUCUUAAUCAUCUCAUUAUUGGCAUUCCCAAACGGUCCAUUCACCCGUCCACAUCCGGCAGUAUGGCGUAUUAUAUUCGGCUGUUCGGUGUUAUAUCUGCUAAUGCUGCAGUUUUUCAUGUUUCAAAAUUACAAGACGAUCAUGAAUAUAUUCUAUUGGCUGGAUCCGAAAUUGAAAGACUUUCACAUCAACAUGGAAAAGGAAUAUGGUGCCAAUUGCUCAGACCUUAGCUUUGAUCGCAUUUACAGCACAAUCGACGUAUUCGCAUGGGGACAUUUUCUCGGCUGGGCCUUUAAGGCUGUGCUCAUACGUCACGCUGGCAUUUUGUGGGCCAUCUCCGUCAUGUGGGAGAUUACAGAAGUCACUUUCGCGCAUUUGCUGCCGAAUUUCGUUGAGUGUUGGUGGGAUGCGCUCAUUUUGGAUGUGCUCAUUUGCAAUGGCCUAGGCAUUUGGGUGGGUUUGAGAAUUUGCAAAGCACUUGAAAUGCGCGAAUAUAAAUGGGCGAGCAUUAAGGAUAUCUCAUCGACUACGGGUAAAAUUAAGCGUGUUGUAUUGCAAUUCACACCAGAAAGUUUCACAUCGAUACGAUGGCUGGAUCCCAAGUCGACAGCGAUGCGUUUUGCGGCUGUGUGUCAGCUGGUUAUAUUUUGGCAGGUGACUGAACUGAAUACAUUCUUCCUUAAGCAUAUUUUUGAAAUGCCACCAGAUCAUUAUCUUGUCGUUGGACGUCUGGUAUUCAUUGGUCUCUUCGUAGCGCCCUCAGUGAGACAAUACUACACUUAUGUGACGGACACGCGUUGCAAACGUGUUGGUACCCAAUGUUGGGUGUAUGGCGCUAUUAUGGUCUCAGAAGCAAUACUUUGCCUAAAGAAUGGCAAAGAACUCUUCGAACGUACUCAAGGCAUUAAUAUUGUCUUGUGGCUAAUUACACAAGUUAUCUUAUCCGUGGCCUUUGUUUACGGUUGCAUGUUGUGGCAUCGUGCUCAAGACAAGUAUAAUAAGUCAACAGAAUCACCGAGCAAAAAGGGCAAUGCACAAAAUGCCAAUAAUUCGCCGAAGCACGAACAAAAAGGCAAGAAAUCACCAAAAAAAUCUCCAAAACGCAACAUACAGAAAAUUGAAUAAAACUUAAAAGUCAAACCUAAACAGAAACAAACACUUAAAUAUAAAAAGAAACACCAAAAACAAAUUAGUUAAUAGCUUAGUAAAUAAAACAUGAAAGCCUAAUUGAUUACAAAAAUAUUACUAGAAGAAAUUAUGAAAACAGAUCAAAAUACAAAAACCAUAAUUUUUGAGUUAUUUUUUAUUAUAUUUCCAAAAUGGAAAGCAAUAAUAUACAAUGCACGCAAUUGAAUGUAUGUAUGUACUGAUAAAAGUAAGUUUAAGUCACCUAAAACCAAAAUGACAAAAAGAAACUAUAUCAAAGUCUUUAUUGACACAAUAAAUGAAAAAAAAAAUCGAAAAAUGUAAAAUAAAAAUUAAUUUAAAUGUAAGGCAACACGCAUAUAUAUAUAAUAUAUGUAUCUAUAUAUACACAAUAAAAAAUUAAAAAAAAAAAAAUAAUGUUUAGUAAAUUAAAGAUUGAAGGGGCACUUGAAAAUGCUUAAAAGUUUAAGAUAUUCUAAAAAAACAUAUAAAUAUCUUUAUAUAUAAAUAUAAAAAAAUAUACAAAAUAAGUGGGAAAAACAAAUAUUUUGUAAAUUAAAGUUUGCAGGGCUUGAUAAUUAUAGGAAAAAAAAGCGAUCUUAAAAAAUUUGUAAAUUUAAGUUAUGUAAAUAUUUAUUUUCAAAUAAACUGCAUAACACAUGUUUCAUACACAGCUUGCAUUGUUGUAAUGUAAGAGGUGUAAACAUUUUUUAAAAAACAAACCAACGUUAAAAGCAAAUACGCUUUCAAAUCGCAAACAACUAUACUCAAACGCAAAUGCGCUUUAAAAAGACAAACAAAUUAAUUUAAGACAGGGUUUAAAUAUAAACUUCUAAAUACAAUACAAUAUGUAUAAAUAUAGCAAUUAGACGCUGGCUUUGUCAAUAUUUAAGCGCAGCAUGUAAAUUGUAAUUAAGGAUUUUUAGUAAUGUUAUAAAAAUGAGUAUGCUGAAGCUGUUUGGUCGAAGAGGAAAUUUUUGCAUAAGUAAAUUACUAUUGGGGUUAAAAAUAAUAAAUUUACAUGCUCAAUUGAUUAUUAAA